AUGGACACGUUCACCGCUGCGGCUCUCCUGCUCCUCAUCACAGGAGGUGUGAACGCUCAAGUGCUGGAACCUAAGGCCAAGACUGUGCUCCAAAACACUGAGGCCAGGUUCAACUGCAGCGUGAAGGCACCUGGCUGGACUGUCAUGACCUGGACAGUGAAUGGGAUCUUAGCCCUCAGUAUUGCAGAGAACUUGGGUCCGAUUGGUAGUCACACCAAUUACUUUGCCACAAACUACUCCACAGCAGAAGAACACAAAUGGGAGUUUCUGAUCAAGCCUGUCAGAUCAGAUGAUGCUGGACUUGUGGGAUGUCAGGUGCAGAACAGUCAGAUUGUGUAUGCUACACUGACCGUCCAGCAGAACGGCGUAGUGAUGAUUACAGGGUCAAACCGCACUGCUACAGAAGGAGAUCAGGUCACGUUCCAGUGUCUCGCCACAGGCUGGUCACCUGAAGCAAACAUUUCCUGGGCUGUUAACGGCACGCUGGUGGAUCGAGAGCUCUACACCACAAACUCAUCAGCAAACAGGACUCUCGUGAACUCCGACAGCACUCUCCACAUCACCGCCAAGGACAGUGUUCCUGUGGACUGUCUGGCCUCCAUUUCUACUCUCCCAUCACCUGAAAUCAGCACCGUCUUCCUGACCGUCCGUAAGAGACACCAGACCGUGUUAAUCGCAAUCGUUGUGGCCUUCAGCCUCGCUGCACUUUUAGUCCUCAUCAUCAUUGGCAUCAUCUUCUGCUGUAAGAGGCGGAGGAGAAAGAGAUCAAGCUAUCAGGAUGAAGUGAGAGCACGAUCUGUACCUCGUCAACAGCAAGCCAGGUACACUGAGAGAGGAUGGGUACAGGAGAACUCGGGAUAUGUUGAAGACAGUGCCGGAGCAGAGGACCAUGACGGCGUGUACACCAUCAGCAGCUUCCAGCAGAUUCCUGAAGAGAAUACGAACCGAUACACUGAUGGUUCUGCUUACCAAAGUCCUUUCCUCGAUUUUCCUGAGCUUCACAAACACAGACACUUGACAAUCGUGUAA